AUGGACAGCAUUGAUGCUACCUCCAGUAUGACCGAAACUUUUGAGGCUCAGCAGCAGUUUUUCAAGCACAUCACUUCCCUCCUGCGUCGGCAACAGCGCAUCCAUCAGCUAAAUGCAAAAUUUAAUGCCAUCAGUAAAAAUUGCUUUCUUGUGGGCGAUUUCAUUGCAGCCGGCUCGCUUUGCUUUCUACUCUUCGCCAUCACCGAAACGAAGGAUGUUAUGCUAAUAGUUCAGUACGUGCUCCCCACCAUGGGCCUCAUUUUGUUUACCUUGGAUCAGUGCUACCACGGUGCUCAGCUGGAGGAAGCUUCGAAAAACCUAGAAACUGUCGUGUACAAUCAUAAUUGGUAUGAGGGAAGCAAGAAGUACCGUAAGCUCAUAAUACUCUCACUGGGCUACUCCCAGCAGACCAUAAAACUAAACGCAUAUGGCAUGAUGGAUGUCAAUAUGGUGCACUUUACACAUAUCAUGCGAACGGCCUACAACCUGCUCGCUUUUCUGAAAUCUCAUUGA